CUCAAUCGAAUUGCAAUAGUGAAGAUCGAACACAAACAGAAAAAAACACAAGCUGACAAACAGACAAACUAAGGUUAUUUGAUUAAUGAUCAUGGAGUUACCCAAGUCGUUCCGUCUAGAUAAUGGAGACUUAGUUCAGCAGAUUGGUCUGCUAGCAUGGCUACAUAAAGGAGAUGAUGCAAAGUCACUGUACAAAACCAUCACAGGCGUUCGGGUUGGACAUGAACUGUGGCACAGACUCAGCGGACAGGAUGAAAUUGAAGCAUAUCGGGCGGAAACAAUUGGUGCAAUAGUAGACUACGUCAAGAAACACCCCAAGGCCAGCAAGGAUGAGCUAGCAAAAGAAGUUGCCAAACAGCUCCAAAUAUUUGCUAGUAAAAUAGAUGCCAUGUAGUCAGAAUAAUUUUUAUUUCCUGUAUAUAUGAUAUGUAUAAAUUCACUUAUAUUUAACCUUUUGUAAAGUAGAUUCAGUUCUUAAAUAUUUCAAGGUACAUACCAGCAGAGUAUCCAGCCAGAUUAAUACAAUGAUUUAGAGCGAGCAGAGUAUCGUGUGAGAAACAAUGCUGGCCCUAAACUUGUAUCCAAUCCGGCUGGAUCCGCCCUAAAACUGUUAGUGUGUGAGUAUUGCCACCUUUACUAUCCCCCACACCUCACUUCUCUUGAUGGCUAUUUCAUACACAUAAAAAAUCUGUUAACACAAAGAAAGUAAAAGGUAAA